AUGAUUCAGGCGCCACCUCUGCGGCCGGGUUACGGCUGGGACUGGCCGCGCAGAUGGGACGAAGGGUCGGACCCAGUUCGUGCUCGCAAGUGCCUCGGUCGUGCUCCCAGUCGUGCCCUCCUCGAGUUCGUCGCCGUGACCGGCUGGUCACAUCAGCCACCACCAAAUGGCCGCUCUAGCUAUGGUCACCACAGGUCACUGUCCAGCAUCCUCCGGACCGCCUCGCCCCGACCCUCGUCCACCCAUACGCGGUCCAACUCGACCACCGAGCUGCCCAUGGUCGGCGACGGUUUCCUCCGGUCGUCCCGGCCCUCGACUCCACAGCCGAAGCGGCUCUUCGUGCCCUCCCACCCGGACGACUUUGACAACGACAUGAGUACCAUCCCCGACCCCCGGAGCCGCGCCAUGAGCCCGGCCAGCGGUGAAGUCCUCAUGUCCUCCCCGGCCCACCACCCAGACCUCAACGACGAGGUGGCCACCCUCAGCACCAAGCUCAUCAACGCCAUCAACCACCAGACCGCCCUGGACGACAACCUGUCAGCCACUCGCGUCGAGCUGGAACGCUCACAGGACCGGAUACGCGAGCUCGAGGCCGAGGUUGAGGACCAGCGCGAGAUGCUCUCGGGGGACGUCUGGGUGCGCCGGAAGACGGUCGAGGCCGAGAAGGCGAUGUUGGUGGCCCGCGCGGCCGAGGAGAAGCGCGCGCGGCUCGACAUGGAGCAGCAGAAGAAGAAGAUUGAGCAGGAGCUCGAGAACUUGACGGCCGCUUUGUUUGAGGAAGCCAACAAGAUGGUCAUCUCGGCCAAGGAGGACGCACGCGCGGAGCAAGAGGCCCUGCAGCGCAAGAACGACCAGCUGCGCGCCCAGAUCGCCGACACCGAGGCUCUCCUGCGGUCGCAACAGGAGCAGUUAGUCGAGCUCAAGCAGGUCAUGGAGCAAAUGGCAGUCGAGAAGGAGGAGCAGCAGUCGCCGGCUACUGUCCCUUCAUCGCCGGGGCGCGAGAGCGUCGCCGAUGCUCGGGAGUCAGUGGGCUUUGGUCCCAUGGUUGUUGGGCCGUCGCGCCAUCACAGCUUCCCCGUGCCGUCUCCGCCGCCUCAGCCGUCGUAUCCGACGAGCUUCACCCACCUUCUGCACCCUGUACUUCGCACCGACCUGGCCGCGUGCAACGAUUUCAAGGAGUUGCUCCGCACGACAAAGCGGCUCUCUGCGCCCCGACUUCCUUCCGGGUCGUCCGGUUCUGGUCUGGCGUCUCUGGGUAUCGGCCUCGGCUCCGCUACCUCUCACAUCUCGAUGGGUAGCGUUUCUACCACCUCUCUUGCGACCACGACGGGAACACCACCCACAACCUCCCCACAGACCCCCCACACGCCCGCGUCGUCUGUCAGCAGCACCACGUCCGCCAACACACACACCACCCCGCUCCCACACCUCAAGGAAACCAAGUUCUACAAGCGGGUACUGACCGAGGACAUCGAGCCCACGCUCCGGCUCGACACCGCACCCGGGCUUUCCUGGCUCGCCCGCCGCAGCGUCCUCACGGCCAUGACAGACGGCUCCCUCGUCGUCGAACCCACCCCAUCCACCGCCACCGGCCGCUUCGGCAAAGUCAUCAAGCCCGAACUGCACCCGUGCUCCCUCUGCGGCGAAGCCCGCAAGGACGCCGAGCACCUCCUCCGCACGCACCGCUUCCGCGUCAGCGAGACCGACAACACCACCCAGGUCGGCUACCCGCUAUGCCGGUACUGUCUCGGCCGCGUGCGGUCGACCUGCGAGUUCCUCGGGUUCUUGCGGAUCGUCAAGGACGGCCAUUGGCGGUUCGCUGCCGCUGGUGAUGAUGAGGAUGCCGAGUGGAAGGCGGCGUGGGAGGAGAGUGUGCGGCUGCGCGAGCAGAUGUUUUGGAGCCGGAUGGGUGGCGGGGUGGUGCCGGUGGGUGGUCACGGCCGGCAGUUUUCGGGGUCGGAGAGUAUGUUGAGUAUCAGGGGGGAGAGGAGUCCGAGGCCUAGUCAGGAGGGGGGGAGGCCGGUGUUGAAGCAGCCUGUUGAGUUGACUGAACCGCCGAAGGGGACUCCAAAAGAGACUCCGAAGGGGGAGACCGAGGCUCCAAGGGAGAUUUCGAGCGGGGAGUCUUCAAAGGAGGAGACUCCAAAGGGAGAGCCUUCAAAGGGGGUUGUUGAAAUGGCGCAGCAGGCCGCGGUUGAGGAAGCACCCAAGGACUCUUUAGCCCCCGAGGAGCCUUCAGCACCCAAGGAGGUUGGAGAUGCUUCGUCAACUCCGUCAACCAAGGAGGUUGAGCAACCCGCUGAGCAACCCGUUGAGCAACCCGCUGAGCAACCCGUUGAGCAACCCGCUGAGCAACCCGCUGAGCAACCCACUGAGUCGCUCAGUGGACAACCCGGGCCCAUUGAACUCACCGAGCAACCCACGGAACCCGCCGAACAACCUGUUGCACAGGAGGCGGAACCGACCCCACCUGCUGCACCCACCGAGCAACUCACUGAACAACCCUCCGAACCCACUGAGCAACAACAACCCACUGAAUCCACCCCCAAAGUGGAUGAAACCAAGGCGCCGCUCAGCGCACCCAUCUCCAUCACUUUUUGA